GCCAGUGCAGCGUGUUUGUUUGGCCAUCACUUUAUUUAUUUAUUGUCGUUUAAGGAGAGGAAAGCAUGCCAAUUGUAGUAAUUACUGGUCUGCCGGCCAGCGGAAAGUCCACCCGUGCCCGCCAGCUUCGGGAUCACUUCGUGGAGCGCGGCAGGAAGGUGCACCUGAUCAGCGAAAAUGAAGCAGUCCCAAAGGCUCUGUUCGGCAAGAAUUCGCAUGCCGGCGAUUCGCAAAAGGAGAAGGUCGUACGCAGCGAUCUCAAGUCGGAGGCUUCCCGCCACCUCAACAAGGAAGACCUGGUCAUCCUGGACGCCGGCAACUACAUCAAGGGCUAUCGCUACGAAUUGUACUGCAUGACCAAGGCGUCCAGGACCAAUCAGUGCACCCUGUUCUGCUGCAUUCCACAGAAGCAGGCGUGGACCUUCAAUGAUCAGCGAACGGCGGCGGAUGAGCUGUCCGGAGACAGCGAGGCGGAGCAGCCGGUGGACAACUCGAACGUUCCCUACACCCGCGAGACAUUCGACGCCCUGUGCAUGCGAUACGAGGAGCCGCAGAGCAACAACCGCUGGGACAGUCCUCUGGUGGUGGCCCUGCCCGAGGACACGCUCGAUGUGGAGGCCAUUUACAAGUCUCUUUACGAGACACAGCCCCUGCCGCCCAACCAGAGCACCCAGAAUCCACCGCUAGGAGCCACCAACUACCUCUUCGAACUGGAUAACAUCAUGCAGUCGAUCAUCAAAGAGAUCCUCGGCGCCAUCAAGAUCAAGGCCUUCGGACAGCUGCGCAUCCCGGGUAGCAGCAGCCCUGUUAAGGUCGCCACCUCGAUGAACGCCCUCCAGCUGAACCGCCUGCGCCAGAAGUUUAUUACAAGCACGUGUCGCGCCAGCCAAACGGCUCCCACUCCGCUAGAGCAGGUGCCGCAACUGUUCGUUCAGUUCAUCAACGCCAACACGAUCGGCUGCUAGCACUGUGAUUAUGGAUUUUAACAAAUGCCGGAAUGGAGUCUUCAGUAGAAUAAUGUUUUGAGGUUGAACCCAACAUAAGAAAUAUAUGAAACUCUAAAUUUUA